CACAACUUGGGACCCGAGACGUUAUCACCGAAGCGCAGCAGCGCGUCUUUGGAGCCGAACUCGCCGCCAACAACGUCGACUUCGAUCCAUUCUGGCCCGAGGUAGCCCCCGUCUUGCCAGAGCACGUGCACGAAGGCAGCCUCCAAAACGAGUUUGAACCGUGGCUCGAGCGCGACGACGAUAACUCUCGACUCUUGGUUGUGUGCCAAGUCCAGUCGUAUGCCGUGUCGCCCGAAGCGCCGACGCAUCCCGGUCAACGCCUCUGGCAGCUCGGCUCGGGCCUCACCAACGAUGCGAUUGUCGCGACUGGGAUGCUCGUCGUGGCCUCCGACAACAUUUUGCUGCCGACAAUCGAGUGCCGGCAAGCGUUCGGGAACACCAACGUGCGCACUACGGGCGACAGCCGCGAGGUGUUUUGCCCCGAGCGCCACGCAUUGCAGAUGCAAACCACGGGCUAUCGCCGGCUCUUGACUUUUCACGCGCUGGACGCCACACAAAAAGGACAUCUCACGCUGCUGCGCGUCUACUUUGUGCACUCGGACGUGGACGUGCUCUCGACGGCUUAUGUGUUUCCGCAGCAGCGCGCCUUUUUACUCGACGCACUCGAAGGCACGCGUUUCGCAAGCGUUCCCGACAACGUCUUGCGCAUCAUCGAAGCGUUUGUGGGUCUAGCCUUGCUGGACGCGGCAACUGCAGACGCCAUCGCGGUUCGUGCCAAAGCUGAGCGUGACGACAGCCUCACGCAGUUGACACCAAAUGGAUUGUGA